AUGAAGUCUAGUAAGCAAUUGGUCCAGGACGCUAAGGAUUAUCGCUUCAAUCCGUCAAUACCGUUAAGAAUUUACUUGAAAACAUGCAUCGGCAUCUUAGAAAAGGCACAGUGUGCGUUCCAGGCCAACGACUUGUCGCUGGCGUUUAUUUAUUAUUUUAGAUACGUGGAUUUAUUGACUAAUAAGCUAUCUAAACACCCUGAGCUCUCGCUCAUGGAUGCGCCAUCGUCAUCGUCUAUAUAUAAAAGAGAAUAUUUGCAACUCAUAAAGUUGGAAGUGCCCGCAGUUUGCAAAAUCAUUGAAAGCCUACGCAAACAAAUUGACUCUCAGUACAGCAAAUUGCAAACAUCACUGGCCAAUAAUAUAGCUAAACCGAACACAAACGCAAAUACAACUCCCAUGCACGUGGAGCAACAGUCACUGCCGAAGAAGUCGUUCGACGAUUAUAGCUUCAACCAAUCAAUUUCCUUUUUCCAGAAAAUUUCAAAUGCACAACUUAACACCGCAACAAGCUCUCAAAGUCAGGAUACCGCCCGUGAUGAAACCUACAGACUGAACUAUCCGGAACUACCACGCCUCACAUUCUCCACAUAG